GUCCUCGGCGGCUUCCAUCCUGCAGCCGGUCCGGAAGAAGGUCUGGUGGCUGGGGUCGUGGGACGGCUGGAGAUGGAGUUCGACUGCGAGAGUCUGAGACGGCUGCUCGGCAAGUACAAGUUCAGGGAUCUAACUGUGGAAGAACUAAAGAAUGUAAAUGUAUUUUUCCCACAUUUUAGAUAUUCCAUGGACACCUACGUUUUUAAAGAUAGUUCCCAGAAAGACCUGCUGAAUUUUACUGGCACUAUUCCUGUAAUGUAUCAGGGUAAUACAUACAACAUACCGAUUCGUUUGUGGAUUUUGGAUUCUCACCCUUUUGCUCCCCCCAUUUGCUUCUUGAAGCCGACUGCAAAUAUGGGAAUCUCAGUUGGAAAACAUGUGGAUGCUCAAGGCAGAAUAUACUUGCCCUAUCUCCAAAACUGGAGCCAUGGAAUAGCGGACAGGCUGGUCCUCUUAGACCUUUCAGAAGGAAAUAAAGGAGGGACGAUGGACCUUGACAUCUUCAGUCUGCCUAAUGUGGAGAUCAGCAAAGAUUUGUCUGCCUCUGCUCAUUCCAAGGUGGUGAUCUUCACAGUCAACUCUUUGGGUAGUUCUCAGUCCUAUCUUGAUGUGGUGCAGAGCAAUGUGGAUAUGUUCAGAGCCCUUGUCCCAGUUCUGGGACAUUAUAGUCAACACAGUGUCCUGCUAGUUGCAUCUCAACCAGUGGAAAUCAUGACCUAUGUGACAUGGAAACUGAGUGCAUUUCCUGUAAAUCAAGUGAUUGGAAUUGGAUGCAAUCUGGAUUCACAGAGAUUACAAUAUAUUAUCACGAAUGUUUUGAAGGCACAGACUUCAGGCAAAGAAGUAUGGGUUAUUGGUGAGCAGGGAGAAGACAAAGUACCUGCAUGGGGUGGCCAAGAAGUAAUGAGUCAUAACUCUCAGGUGCAGCUAUUCAACAGAGCCAUGGAACUGUUAAGGGUAAAAGGCCAAAGAUCCUGGUCUGUUGGACUAUCAGUAGCUGACCUGGUUGACAGUAUUGUAAACAACAAAAAGAAAGUGCACUCUGUAUCAAUUUUAGCAAAGGGAUAUUAUGAUAUAAAUAAUGAAGUGUUUCUAAGUUUGCCUUGCAUCCUUGGAACCAAUGGGGUAUCUGAAGUCAUCAAAACCACAGUGAAAGAAGAUACACUGACUGAGAAACUCCAAAAUAGUGCAUCCUCAAUCCAUGGUCUCCAACAGCAGUUAAAGCUUUGAUUCUCAAGUGCAGUUGCCUGAAAGGAAACGUCAUUUAAUUUUGCCCACAUAUAUAGGUUUGAGAACUUCUGUAUCUUAUCACUUAUCCUUACAAACUGCUUGGUUAAGGUAGAUGUUUCUUGGUUAGC